CUUCGCCACAGGAUCGCACAGCCUGCUGGAUGGGCACACGGUGUCGCCAGAGUUAGCUUGAAAAUGUUCCUGAAGUGUUUAGUUAACCACCAACUCUCGUUUCAACAUCUAAAAAUAAAACUUUUAAUUGUUUUAGUUAGCUAACUUUCAUUUAGCCUGUGUAGCCCUCUGGCUCAUGAGCUAACGGCUGUUGUUGCUCGCUAGCUUAGCAUUCCUGCUCCUGUUGUAAAGAAGAGGAGCAGAGAGCUUUCUGGAUGGCAGAAGGCAAAGAUGAAGAGAGGAAUCUCGUCCCCUCAGCCAUCAGGAGUUGGUUGAUUGUUUUAAAGACAGUGGGACGUCAGUGGCUCCAGCGUGGACAGUGUGACGUUUGUGUGACCUGCGGGUAACAUCUGCAGACAAUUCAUCCUCUGGACGGCGUGAACGAGCUGAACUCCAGGCUGAGCUGUGAGCGCUGAGGGAGGAUAAGAAGCCGGCUGAGGGAAGACUGGCAGAGCGUCCACCUUACAGGAGAGGCUGCAAGACGGAGCAGAGCAUCGUUUUCUUGGCUCGGAUGAAGGCGUGAAGUACUCGGAGGAGAGACUCGCCUCGUCUGCAGGGACCUUUCUGCAGGAGCACAGAUCCUUCACCACCAGCCAAGACGGGCCUUUAAUCAAGCUGAAAUAUAUCCCACUAUAUCCACGUCUAGCAUGGGUACAAGAGGCCUUCUGGGCUGCCUCCUCAUCACCGCCGCUGUGAUCAGCUCAUCACACGCUGGGCUUGUGAAGAAAAUCCUGCGGCAUCGACGGCAGACUCUAACGCCCACAGAUGAACACAACAUCAGCCUCCCCAGCGCGGACCAUCCUGUGGUUUUCAACCACGUCUACAACAUCAACGUCCCUGCCAGCUCUCUGUGUGCAGUGAACCUGGACUCUCCAGAGAGCACGCAGCUGCUCCCCAAUGAUGCCCCGAACUCCCUGGGCGAUGAAACCACUGAGCACACGGUGGAUGGGGAGAACCAGAUCGUGUUCACACAUCGCAUCAAUGUACCACGGCGGGCCUGUGGAUGUACCGAUGACAUGCCCGGCCUGAAAGACCUCAUGAGCCGGCUGGAGAUGCUGGAGGGAGAAGUGUCAGCGUUGAGAGAUCAGUGCAGUGUUGACGGAGGCUGCUGCAGUGCUCAGGCUAUAGGUGACGUGGGAACCAAACCUUACUGCAACGGUCACGGAAACUACAGCUCUGAAUCCUGCGGCUGCGUGUGUGAGUCCGGCUGGAAGGGCUCCAACUGCUCUGAACCCGAGUGUCCCAACAACUGCCAGGAGCGCGGCCGCUGCGUGGACGGAAAGUGUGAGUGCUUCAAAGGCUUCGGCGGAGAGGACUGCACUCUGGAGGUCUGCCCUCUGGACUGCGGGGAGUACGGCCAGUGUGUGGGAGGUGCGUGCGUCUGCUCCGAAGGUUACACCGGGGAAGACUGCUCGGAAACCAAGUGCCUCAACAACUGCCAAGGUCGCGGCCGCUGUGAAGAUGGAGAAUGCGUGUGUGAGGAACCCUGGACCGGCUUCGACUGCGGCGAACUCAUCUGCCCCAAAGACUGCUACGACCGUGGACGGUGUGUAAACGGGACCUGCUACUGCGACGAAGGAUUCACCGGGAAGGACUGCGGGGAACAAACCUGCCUCAACAACUGCAAUGGAAACGGCUUCUGCGUGGACGGACGCUGCGUCUGCAUCGCUGGUUUUAACGGGGAGGACUGCGCUCAGCUCACCUGCAUCAACGACUGUAACGGCAGAGGAAGCUGCUUCAACGGGCUGUGCAUCUGUGACACCGGAUACCAAGGCGAGGACUGCAGCCAGCUGGCGUGUCUGAACAACUGCAACCACAGAGGCCAGUGCAUAAACGGGCAGUGCUCCUGUGACGUUGGAUUCCAGGGAGACGAUUGCUCUGAGCUCUCCUGUCCCAGUAACUGCCUGAACAGAGGCCGGUGUGUUAACGGUCAGUGUGUGUGCGAGGAAGGCUUCGCUGGCGAGGACUGCAGCAUCAAGACCUGCCCCUCAAACUGCUACGGGCGCGGCGAAUGCAUCGACGGACGGUGCGUGUGUCACACAGGCUUCACAGGUAACGACUGCGGCGAACUGAGCUGCCCGAACAACUGCCAGAACCGCGGGCGCUGCGUCGAUGGACAGUGUGUGUGUGACGAAGGCUUCACAGGGGAGGACUGCAGUCAGAAAGCGUGUCUCAACGACUGCCUGGGCCGCGGUUACUGCGUCGACGGGGAGUGCGUCUGCAAUGACGGAUACACGGGAGAAGACUGCUCCGUGCUCGCCUGUCCGAGCAACUGCAACAACAGGGGGCGCUGCAUCAACGGGAAGUGUGCGUGCGAGAGCGGAUACGAAGGAGAGAGCUGCUCAGAGCUGAGCUGUCUCAACAACUGCCAGGACAAAGGGCGCUGUGAGAACGGUCAGUGCGUCUGUGAUGAGGGAUACAUCGGAGAGGACUGCUCAGAAGUGUCUCCUCCAAAGGACCUGACAGUCAGCGAGGUCACCAGUGAAACCGUGGACCUGGCUUGGAGCAAUGAGAUGUUGGUGACGGAGUACCUUGUGACGUUUGUGCCCACCAGUCCAGGUGGUCUCCUUCAGGAGUUCACCGUCACAGGAGACAGGACUGCUGCCACGGUCAAGGAGCUCGAGCCUGGACUGGAGUACCUGAUCAGUGUGUACGCUGUUCUGAGUAACAAGAAGAGCGUUCCCAUCAGCGCCAGGGUCGCCACAGCUCUUCCUCAGCCGCAGGGUCUCAUAUUCAAAUCAGUGCGAGAGACCUCGGUGGAGGUGGUUUGGGACCAGCUGGACUUCCCCUUUGAUGGCUGGGAGAUCUAUUUCCGCAACACGAAAGAAGAAAAUGGAAAAGUCUUCAGCGCGCUGCCGUCCUCACAGAACCAGUUCGUCCAGUCAGGCCUUGGACCAGGACAGGAGUACGAAGUCUCCAUCAACGUCAUGAAGAACGACACCCGAGGACCCCAAACGUCCAAAAGAGUCACGACCAAGAUCGACGGCCCCCAGCAGGUGGAGGUGAAGGACGUCACAGACUCUUCAGCCCUGGUCGGCUGGUCUCGGCCGGUGGCUGCCGUGGACGGAGUCACUCUUUCUUACGGGCCCAGCUACGACCCCUCAGAUAACACCAGUGUGGAGGUUCCCCCUCCGGACAAGCAGUACAGCAUCGACGGUCUGAAACCGGACACUGAGUACAGAGUGUCGCUCAUUUCCAAGAGAGGAGACGUCAGCAGUGAUCCCGUCACAACCACGUUCACCACAGCCCUGGACGCCCCCCAGGACCUGCAGGUUGUGUCCCAGACAGACAACAGCAUCUCUCUGGAGUGGAUGAACAGUCUCUCUGAUGUCAGCAGCUACCUAGUCAAAUACAGUCCCAUCUCUGGAAUGAGCCACAGCGAGGAUCUGGUCCCACGAGGACCAGGAGACUCCACAAAAAUGACGAUCAACAGGCUCAAGCCAGGGACGGAGUAUGGGAUCGGUGUGACGGCUGUGAAGGAAGAGAGGGAGAGCCUUCCUGCGACUACGAAUGCAGCAACUGACAUCGAUCCCCCCACAGAUUUCGAGGAGGCGGAGUCCACAGAGACCUCGCUCACCUUGAGGUGGCAGAAACCUGAGGCCAAGGUCAGCUUGUACAGGCUGGUGUACGUCUCCGGAGACGGACAGGUGGAGGAGGCGGAGAUCCCGGCCACGGCGACAAGCCACGUCCUGUCCAGCCUGACUCCUGGGAUGAGCUACAGCUUCACUUUGGCUGCAGAGCGGGGUCACAAGAGGAGCUCACCUGUGACACUGUCUGCAUCCACAGCCUCUUUCACAUUUUAUUUAGCUGACUCAGAUGACCGCGAGCUAGCGACUCCUACAGGCACAGAGGACAAUGUCAUUAGCUUUUCAAAUUUAGACCCCUCUGAGUCCCAGCUCUCUGGGACGGAGGAGCCUGAGGACGAGCAUGGACCGCUGACUAUUUCAGGCAUCACGCCUGAAGGAUUUGACCUCUCAUGGAAUCUGAACGCUCACGCUGUCCAUGAUAGUUUCACAGUAGAGUAUAAAGACGCUCGGCCAUUAUCAGACGUGAGAGAGAUUCAACUUCCUGGAAAUGCCACUGGGUCUAGAAUCGAUGGCCUCAGGGCAUCAACAGAGUAUCGAAUAAAACUCUUUGGAAUAAGCGGUAGCCAGAGAUCUGCGCUACUUGAAGCUGUUGCAGUCACAGCAACCGAGCCUACCUCAGCUGAUGUUCUCAUGCUGAGCAUCAAAAAUGCAUCAACAACCCCACAAACUCUGGAAACUCAGACCCCAGAGAGAGAAUCCCUGAACUCCAAGGCCCCUCCCACUGCAACGACUCCACCCAUAUCAAACACGCCUCCUCUUUCAGAGGCCCCUCCCACUGCAACGACUCCACCCAUUUCAAACACGCCUCCUCUUUCAGAGGCCCCUCCCACUGCAACGACUCCACCCAUUUCAAACACGCCUCCUCUUUCAGAGGCCCCACCCACUGCAACAACUCCACCCAGUUCAAACACGCCUCCUCAUUCAGAGGCUCCUCCCACUCCUGAUUCUGAUUCUGAAGUGAUGAGCUUCGGGGCUGAGCCUGAGAGCUCCGGGGCUGAGCCUGAGAGCUCCAGGGUCGAGCCUGAGAGCUCUCUCCUGAACUCUCUGGGAAACCUCACAGCAAAUGUUUCCUCCACCGGUGUAAGCCUGAGUUGGUCAGCGCCUGAUGAGGUGUUUGAUAACUUUUCGGUGGAGGUCAGCGAUCAAUCACAGGCAACAAAAACUCAUGUGAUCUCACUGCCGGGAGGUGAGAGGAGAGCUGAAAUUGAGGGUUUGGCCCCUUCUACACAGUAUAAUAUAAAAUUACAAGGCCUGGUGGAAGGGAAGAGAUCUCUUCCUCUCCAAGCUUUUGUCACUACAGAGGAGCUGAAGCCCAUGGUGGUGAACCUCACCAUCUCUGACAAAACAUGGGACGGCUUCACUGCGUCCUGGAUCCCCAGCAGUGGGGACUUUGAGAGCUUUGUGAUUGAAGUAACAAACUUGGAGAAUUUCGCAGAGAGCCAGAACCUCACUGUGUCCGGAGACGCUCUCAGCCUGGGCAUCUCCGGGCUCAAUCCCAACACCAGCUACAUGGUUGGUGUGUUUGGGAUGCAUGAGGGCUCCUACCUUGAACCCCUGUACAUUGAAGCAACCACAGAGGCUGAGCCGGAAGUGGAGCAUCUCUUUGUCUCGGACAUCACAGCCGACAGUUUCCGUCUGUCGUGGGCGGCUGACGACGACCUGUUCGACAGAUUUGUGAUCAAAUUAAGAGACAGCAAAAGAUUAGCCCAUCCUCAGGAGUACAGCGUCCUCGGAGAUGAACGCACCAAGGUGUUAACCGGACUCCUUGGUGGCACCGAGUAUGAAAUAGAGCUUUACGGUGUCACAUUGGACCAGCGCUCCCAACCUAUAACUGGGGUUGCUCAGACAGGUCUGAGCACUCCAAAGGGACUUCACUUCUCUGACGUGACUGAGUCCUCCGCUGUGGUUCACUGGUCCAUGUCUCGCUCUGCAGUGGAUAACUACAGAAUCACAUACGUGCCAUAUGAAGGAGGAAGCCCGAUGGCGUUGACUGUAGACGGCAGUGUGUUUGAAGCCUUACUGCCCAACAUGAUCCCGGGGAAAGUCUACCAGGUGACCGUGAGCGCCGUGAAGGGUCUGGAGGAAAGCGACCCCAGCACUGACACGGUGACCACAGGUCUGGACAAACCUCAGGGUCUGACUGUGGCUAAUGUCACCGACACCUCGGCCCUGCUGCUGUGGCAACCUUCAGUGGCCACGGUGGACGGAUACGUCAUCACUUACAGCGUCGAUUCAGUGUCCCCCAUGGUGGAGCAUGUUUCUGGGAACAUCGUGGAGUUCGAGAUGGACUCACUGUUUCCAGGAACCCUCUACACCGUCGGAGUUUAUGCAAUGAAAGAAGCACUGAAGAGUGACUCAGCUGAGACUGAGUUCACCACAGACGUGGACCCUCCUCGUGAUCUCACAGCUGUUAACAUUCAAACUGACAGCGCUACUCUCAACUGGAAACCUCCUCAGGCUGCUGUCACAGGUUACACUCUCACCUUCACCUCCACGGAUGGAACUAUCAGGGAGGUGGUGUUGAGCCCUACAGCGUCCUCAUACAGCAUGGGUCAGCUGAGCGGCUCCACAGAGUACAACGUCAGACUGCAGGCCAUCGCCGGAGCUCAGAGGAGUCGCCUCGUCAACACCGUCUUCACCACCAUCGGACAGCUGUACAAGCGGCCUAAGGACUGCGCUCAGAUUCUGCUGAACGGAGAGACCACUUCAGGUCUGUACACCAUCUACGUGGGGGGAGAGGAGACGCAGCCCAUCCAGGUUUACUGUGACAUGACGACAGACGGCGGGGGAUGGCUGGUUCUCCUCCGGCGCCAGAAUGGAAAGCUGGACUUCUACAGGAACUGGAAGAACUACACGGCCGGGUUUGGCAACAUGAAUAAUGAGUUCUGGCUCGGUCUCUCCAACCUCCAUAAAAUCACGAACUCUGGACAUUAUGAGAUGCGAGUAGACUUAAGGGAUAAAGGCGAGUCGGCCUACGCACAGUACGACAAACUGACGAUCGCAGAGCCAAGGACACGUUAUAAAAUCUACAUUGGAGCGUACAGUGGAACAGCAGGCGACUCCAUGACUUACCACCAAGGUCGACCUUUCUCCACCUACGACAACGAUAACGAUAUCGCCGUCACCAACUGCGCCUUGUCCUACAAAGGCGCCUUCUGGUAUAAAAACUGUCACCGGGUCAACCUCAUGGGGAAGUAUGGAGACGACAGUCACAGUAAGGGGAUCAACUGGUUCCACUGGAAGGGCCACGAGCACUCGAUCGAAUUUGCAGAGAUGAAGAUUAGGCCGGCCAACUUCAGGAAUUUCGAGAGCAGAAAAAAACGAUCAUAGACUCGUGAGCUCCCUCCCUGUUCACACCUCCACUCCAUACACAUACACACACACACACACACACACACACACACACACACAGACACAUUCCCACUGAACUUCUGUGUUCCCUCAUCCUCAAAUCAUUCUAUGACAAACAAAGACAAUCACACUGACAAACCUUCAUCGUGAUGUCGCACCAAAGAGUUAAAGUAUUAGUCGUUCUUUGUGAAGCCGUCCCAAUUUGGCUCUGACGUUUGUUUGAGAAGUAAGACGGUGAUUUCCCUGAGAGUGAUGGACUUAUAGUUUAUGGGUUUAUGGGACCAAACAUCUUUAAAAACAUGAGAAUCACCUGUAAAAAUAACACUCAUGAAACCUGUGAAUCAGUAUCAUGUCAAAGGCACAUAGCCACUCGGCGUCACAUCCCCCUAAAGAAAAGGGAAAGUCAUCCAGUGUUGAAGAAGUUCAGUUCCUACAUCUCAAAUUUAGAUGUUAAAGAUAAAAGUCGACACAUUUUAAAGAAUAAAAUUAGCUCUAUGAAAUGUCCUUUGUAUAUUUACUGCACAACCAAGAGACUGAUUGAACUGAAUUCAUAUUUAAAAUCAUGCUUCACUUAUUUUGAUAAAAAAAAUAAAAAGUUCAGAAUGAUGGUCUGCAGCCUUCAAUACGAAUAAAAUAUUACUUUGAUAA